CUGCCAGUAGAAGGAGCUCUUCAGUCUUACCUAAUCCAGAAGCCAAACAUACACAAACAUGGCGAUACCACAAGCAGGCGAGAUGCAGUCCUCCAUUCGGUGGUCGGUGUAUUUAUUAGUCCUCUGGGUUGCUGGAAUAAAUUCCUCGACCCUUCGUCUUCACCCGGAGCAGCGCUACAUGCUGCCGCAAAACACAGGUUUCUUCACGAUAGAAGCAAAUGAAGAUUUUGCAGACGGAGAUGCCGCUCGUAGUGCCGCUGAAGGCGGGUCGGACUCCGCCGCCUAUCCGCAGCAUCGAAGCCGCCGGAGCACCGGUGAAUCACCUAUGCCAAAUGUGUACGGGCAGGCCAACCUGAACGACUCUCAUAACCAGAUGGUGGUCCACUGGGCUGGAGAGAAGAGCAAUGUCAUCGUAGCCUUGGCCCGAGACAGCGCGGGAGCCACAGGGCCCAAAACCAGCUCUGUCUACGUGUCCAAUGACUAUGGGACCACUUUCACUCUUAUCUCCGACAAGUUCCAGCUUUCAGAUGUCAAGGCCAAGGACAGCAACAAGCAGGUCAUCUCCCAGUUCUACCACAGCCCUGCAGACAACAGGAGGUACCUUUUUGUAGACUCCACCAACAACUACCUGUGGAACACCUUUGACUUCUGUAAGAGCGUCCAGGGCUUCUCCCUGCCCUUCAAACCGACAGACCUGCUGCUCCACAGCGGGAGAUCCAACCUGGUUCUUGGCUACGACAGCUCUCACCCGAACAAACAGCUGUGGAAAUCAGACGACUUUGGGGAGACAUGGGUGUUGAUCCAAGAGCAUGUGAAGACCUACUUUUGGGGCGUGGAGCCCUACGACCCCCCAACCACUGUGCUGGUCCAGAGACACGAGCCCCAGGGUGUCUCCACUAUACUCAGCAGCACCGACUUCUUCCAGAGUGAACUGAACCGCAGAGUGAUCUUGGAGCAGGUCGACAGCUUCCAGCUCCGAGACAAGUACAUGUUCGCCACCACCACACGGAAACUGUUUGGCAGACAUGAAGCUUCAUCUGUUCAGCUCUGGGUCUCCUACAACCGCCAGCCAAUGAAAGCUGCCCAGUUUAUGACCCGGCAUCCAAUCACAGAGUACUACAUAGCAGAUGCGUCAGAGGACCAAGUGUUUGUGUGUGUGAACCACCAGAACAAUGUCACACACCUCUACAUCUCAGACACACAGGGCCUGUCCUUCUCUCUGUCACUGGAGAAUGUUCUGUACUACAGUCCUGAGGGCUCCGGCAGCAACACACUGAUCAGAUACUUUGCCAAUGAGCCGUUUGCAGACCUGCACCGAGUGGAGGGGCUGCGAGGAGUCUUCAUCGCCACGCUCAUCAACGGCUCGGUCAGCGAGGACAACAUGCGAUCAGUCAUUACUUUCGACAAGGGAGGGACAUGGGAGCUGCUUCAGCCACCUGCUGCCGACAGCCUGGGAGGAACGGUGGACUGCCAGCUCAGUAAAGGUUGCUCUCUCCACCUGGCCCAGCGCUGGAGCCAGCUGUUCAACAUCCAGCUGAGGAGGAUGCCCAUUUUAUCCAAGGACUCUGCACCAGGACUCAUCAUGGCCACAGGAUCUGUAGGCAGGAACUUGGCCAACAAGCCUAAUGUGUAUGUAUCCAGCAGCGCUGGAGCCCGAUGGAAGGAGGCACUGGCAGGCCCUCAUUUCUACACAUGGGGCGACCAUGGUGGGAUCCUGAUGGCUAUUGCACAAGGAGGCGCCACCACCCAUCUUAAGUUCAGCACCAAUGAAGGCGAGAGGUGGACCGACUUUCAGUUCUCAGACAGGGAGGUGUAUGUUUACCAGCUGCUGACUGAGCCCGGGGAGAAGAGCACCAUCUUCACCAUCUUCGGCUCCUAUGCCGACCAGAGACACAGCUGGCUCAUCCUGCAGGUCAACACGUCCGAAGUUCUGGGUGUGCCGUGUUCUGACGCUGACUACAAGCGCUGGUCUCCUUCCGAUGAUCACGGUAACGAGUGUCUGCUGGGCAGGGAGAUAACGUUCAAGAGACGAGCACCCCACGCUACAUGUUUUAACGGAGAGGACUUUGACCGGCCCGUCACCAUCUCAAACUGCUCCUGCACACGACAGGACUACGAAUGUGACUACGGCUUCAAGCUGAGUGAAGACUUGUCUCUGCAAGUGUGUGUGCCUGACCCUGAGUUCUUAGGUGAUCUCUAUGCUCCUCCAGUGCCAUGUCCUGUAGGUACCACCUACCGCCGCAGCAAGGGCUACAGGAAGGUACCAGGUGACAGCUGUAGUGGAGGGGAUGUGGAGUCCAGACUAGAUGGAGAGAUGCUGCCUUGUCCUGUCGGAGAGAGUAACGAAUUCAUCCUGUACGCGGUGAGGAACUCCAUCCAUCGCUAUGACCUGGCCACAGGCACAGACCAGGCCCUGCCUCUGGCCGGCCUCAGGGAGGCUGUGGCCCUUGACUUUGACUAUGACAGGAACUGCCUGUACUGGGCUGACAUCUCACUGGACACCAUACAGCGUCUGUGUCUGAACGGCAGUACAGGUCAGGAGGUUGUAGUCAGAAAAGAUCUACAGAACGUGGAGGCUCUGACCUUUGACCCCAUCAGUAGACUGCUGUACUGGGUUGACGCGGGAGCACAGAAAAUUGAGGUGUCUAACCCUGAAGGCGACCUGCGUCACACUCUGCUCAACUCUUCUAUCCUGGAACAUCCCAGAGCUCUGGUUCUGCUGCCUGGAGAGAGUCUGAUGUUCUGGACUGACUGGGGAGACCGGGCUGCUGGUGUUUACCGGAGCUAUAUGGAUGGGACCAAUGUGUCCUGCAUCGUGUCCGAGGGCGUCCGCUGGCCCAACGGGAUCACAGCUGACGACCACUGGCUGUACUGGACUGAAGCCUACAGCGACCGCAUCGAGAGGGCCGACUUCACCGGGGGCCAGAGGAGCGUUCUCAUGGAGGGGCUGCCUCACCCGUAUGCCAUUGCUGUCUUCAAGAAUGACCUGUACUGGGACGACUGGUCCAGAAUGGGGAUCUUCAAAGCUCCAAAGGCUGGUUCCCAGAGCAAUGAGCUGAUUGUUGGCAGACUAACUGGAGUCAUGGACCUCAAGAUCUUCUAUAAGGGGAAGAACAGAGGCCAUAAUGCCUGUGCCGACCAGCCGUGCAGCCUGCUGUGUCUGCCUCAGCCCGGCCACCGACACACCUGCGUCUGCCCCGACGGUACCCCGACUGUAACUAUGCCCAACGGAGAACUGCAGUGCCAGUGUCCCACCGGCUACCAGCUCCAAAACAACACCUGCGUGAAGACUGAGCACAGUUGUUUGCCCAACCAGUACCGCUGCUCCAACGGCCGCUGCAUCAGCAGCAUCUGGAAAUGCGACAGCGACAACGACUGCGGAGACAUGAGCGAUGAGCAGGAGUGUCCCACCACGACCUGUGACCCAUCCAACCAGUUUCGCUGUGUGGCCUCGGGGUCCUGCAUCCCCCUUGCCUUCAAAUGUGACCAUGAAGACGACUGCGGAGACAACAGUGAUGAGGACCACUGUGAGUCUCACCAGUGUGGCCCCGGAGAGUUUACAUGUGCGCGAGGCGUUUGUAUACGAGAAGCGUGGCGCUGUGAUGGAGACAAUGACUGCAGAGACUGGUCGGACGAAGCCAACUGUACAGUGGGCCACCAUACGUGCGAGGCCAGCAGCUUCCAGUGUCACACAGGGCACUGUAUACCACAGCGCUGGAUGUGUGACGGCGAUGACGACUGCCAGGAUGACUCCGACGAAGACCCCCAAUAUUGCAAAGGAACGCGGUGUAAUGGCUUCCUCUGCUCCAAUCACACCUGCCUUCCAGCCACCGCACACUGCAACGGGAUCCAAGAGUGUCCAGAUGGUGCUGAUGAGCACAACUGCGACCCCCUGUGUACUCGCUACAUGGAGUUUGUCUGUAAGAACCGAGCCCAGUGUCUGUUUCAGUCCCUAGUUUGUGACGGGAUCAAACACUGUGAAGACGGGUCUGAUGAGGACGGCGAGUAUGCUGGAUGUGCAACGCCGUCUGAGUUUGGCAAAGUAUGUGAUGCCUACACCUUCCAGUGUGCCAACGGAGUGUGUGUAAGCCUGGAGUGGAAGUGUGACGGCAUGGACGACUGCGGGGAUUACUCUGAUGAAGCCAACUGUGCUGCCCCCACUGAGGUCCCAGGCUGCUCCAGGUAUUUCCAGUAUGAGUGCAGAAAUGGACGCUGUAUUCCAACAUGGUGGAAGUGUGACGGCGAGAACGACUGCGGGGACUGGUCUGAUGAGGCCCAGUGUACAGGUGGUGUUACUCCUCACACUGUAGCCCCUGGACCCUCUACUUGUGCCUCCAACCGCUUCCACUGUGGCUCUGGAGCUUGUAUCAUCAACACCUGGGUGUGUGACGGCUACGCUGACUGUCCCGAUGGCAGCGAUGAGCUGGGAUGUCCCACAGCAGCUAAUGGCUCUGUGACGCUGGCUCCGGUUCCUACCCAGGCCCCGCCUCCGCCGCCGUCCCCUGGCCGUUGCAGUCGGGGUCAGUUCCUGUGUCGCCGACCCCCCCACUGCAUCCCCGACUGGCAGCGCUGUGACGGCCAGCUCCACUGCCAGGACGGCUCUGAUGAAGCCCACUGCCCCACUCGCGGACCUCUGUUCUGCUUUAACGGGACUCGCUGUUCUGAUGGUGAAGCCUGCAUACUGAACAGUGAGAGAUGUGACGGCUUCUUGGACUGCUCCGACCACAGCGACGAGGACAACUGCACCUUGGACACCCUGGCCUAUAAAGUCCAGAACCUGCAGUGGACACCAGACUUCUUGGGUGCCAUCACCCUGACCUGGUCUCGCCCCAAAAACCUUCCUCUGGACUCCUGCUACUUCCUUGUAUACUACAGGCUCGUGGGUACCCAGCAGUGGACCACUAUGGACACUCACAGCAACAAGACCAGCUAUAAACUGACCGUGCUGAAACCAGACACCACCUACCACGUCAAAGUGCUCACUCAGUGUCUCAGCAAGCUGCAUAAGACCAACGAGGUGAUCACAGUCAGGACUCCAGAGGGACUCCCCGACCCACCCAGGAACCUGCAGCUGGCUUGUGAUAACAGGGAGGAUGGGACGGUGGAAGUUUCCUGGAGCCCUCCUGACAAAGGACACGGCCUCAUCAGAGAGUACAUUAUUGAGUACAGCGAGCGAGGAGGUCUUGAGUGGACGUCACAGAGAUGCACCAUAACCAGCGCUGAGGUGAAGGAGCUGCAGCCAGACACUCUGUACAGGUUCAGGGUGGCAGCAGUGACCAGUCGAGGCGUGGGCAACUGGACCGAGGUUAAAUCCAUCACCCCUAAGAAAGCUCUGCCUCCUCCCUCCGUGAUCGCUGACAGCAUCACAGAAAACUCCAUGAGCCUUUCGUUCAGCUUCAACUCCCAGUAUGAGGUGAAGCAGUACAAAGUGAUUCUGUCCUGGCAGUUUGACACCCACGUCAAGGAGAGCAAGAACUACACAGUGAGCGAGAAGAUCCUCAAAGCUACAAACCUGACAGCAGGGACAGUGUAUGAGGUGGCCGUGUGGGCUCACACCAGUAUAGGAGACAGUCCCACCGCCCUGUCCCAUCAUCAGACCACUGGUACCCAGCCGGACCGGCCUCUCCUCAAAGCCCGGGCCCUCAACCAGACAGCUGUGGACUGCAGCUGGACUGUCAGCAAGUCCCCUGCCCAGGUGUAUGGUGUGUUUUAUGCCACCUCCUUCCUGGACCUGUACCGCAGUCCUCGUCAGGUCUCCACCACAUCUCUCACCCUGACAGUCGCAGUGGAAAGUGAUGAGCAGUAUCUCUUCCUGGUGCGUGCUAUCUCUCCCUUCCUGGGUCCUCCCUCCGACAACGCUGUGGUGAAAAUGAUUCCCAACGAGAGGCUGCCACCCAGGAACCUCCAUCGUGUGCGGGUCGACAAGACACAGGCCACGCUGAAGUGGCAGCCGCCCUACGACGCCCCAAACACACCUCUGACAUACGUGAUCCACGUGCGGGACGUGAUCCGUAAGGUGGAGCGGGACUACAAGCUGACCACCCAGAACAACACAGUGGAGUACCUGCUGAAAGACCUGGAGGCCGGAGGACGAUACAGCAUCUCUGUCCGCCUGCGCAACAUGAGCAAGGAGGCCAGCUUUACUCUCAGCACAGUUUCUCUUCCGGCUCCUGAAGCCUUGAAAAUUUUGACAGAGAAAGACCAUGUGUUCCUCUUCUGGAAGAGUCUGGCUGUCAGAGAGAAGGGCUUCAAUGAGAGCAGGGGGUAUGAAGUGCAUGUGUAUGAUACCGCAACCAACCAGACGUCCUACCUGGGAAACACGACAGAGACCUAUUUCCGCAUCAGCAGCCUGCUGGCGGCACACAACUACACUUUCUCUGUGCAGGCCCGCUGCCUGCUGAACGGUCAGCUGUGUGGGGAGCCCGCACUGUUGCUCUAUAACCAGCUGACAGCAGGGACCAGUGAUGCCUCCCGCAGUGAGGGCCACUCAGGAGACAUGGCAGCGGUGGUGGUGCCUGUCCUCUUCCUGCUGCUGCUCGGAGUGUGUGGGGGCCUGGUGGUGCUCUACCUCCGACACCGCCGACUGCAGAAUAAUUUCACCGCCUUCGCAAACUCCCAUUACAACUCCCGCCUUGGCUCUGCCAUCUUCUCGUCCGGGGAUGAACUGGGUGAUGAUGAUGAAGAUGCUCCCAUGAUCAGCGGCUUCUCAGACGACGUUCCCAUGGUCAUCGCGUAGCAAGACGUCCCUCCGCUGCCUGUUUCUCUCUUCCCUUCUCCCGUUCUCUUCUUCCUCACCCACUCCCCCGUUACCCCCCAUCACUCCCUAUGAGUGCCGCGGUACGAUGAAGAGGAAACAGGCGGAAACUUCGCCACCCCUCCCUUAAACCCGUCGAUGGAAAACCACCCCGAUUGGCAGGAAACAUGAAGAAAAAUGGAAAAGUGUAAAGAGAGAGAGAGAUAUUUUUCAAAUAUACAAUGCACUUUUUUUGGAUGCGCAAUAACUUAUUUUUUAUAAUAUUAAAUAUAUAUAUAUGGGGUCAGAAAAGGACUGUGAGGAAGAGGUGGACACUGAAGCAAACUGUGAAGGAUUUGAGUUUGUCGAGCGCGCCAGGGAAAAGAGAGACCCUAUUUGUAAUGCAAACUCACUAUCCAUAGGAGCGGUUCAUUGCUUAACGCCAAAAUAAGCAUCCAGAGACUGGAAUAUAGAAUGCAAAAAACACACACAUUGAAAAAAAAUAGAAAUAUAUAGACAAAUGCUGUAUACAGUAUGUACAAAUAGAAAAUAUUGGAGCAGUAAUAGUUACAUAUUAUUGUAAUAGUACAGUGUGUACUAUAGCAGUAUGUAACAUCGGUGCCCAGCGUGAGACAGUGGGAAGAGUUAACUGCAUCAUGUUUCAUCAUCAUUUUCAUCAAUUGUUGGUCUAUUUAAAUGAUCACCAGUUUGGAAACUGUUGAUUAUUGUAAACGCAUGAACAAAGUCUUUGACACUUCAGCGCAACCAAACAGCUCAGUGAUUAGAUUGACCAGUGGCACCAUGUAGUGUCCUCACCUUUAUUUUCCACCACCAGCACACUGUUGUAGGUCUGUAUGUAGAGGCAACAUGUACCAAGAUACAAGAAUAUUCCUGGCUCUGAGGGGGAAGAAUCCCUCACAGCAUUGUCGAGAACGUCUGAACUAUUUGUAAAUAUUGGCUUUUGAAAUGUCCUCUCCUUGUAAUGCUGCACCCUGUGAUUCUGUAAAAUGUGUAUUUAGCUUUGUUUUUAUCAUUUAGGACCACAAAUUAUUGUCCCCAGCAUGUUGCCAUAGCUGUAGUUGUAGGGGAAGUGGGUUCUCAGGGAAGAGUGUCGUAGCGGACACCAACGCAACACCACCAUCACCAUCUGUUGAAUAGGUACAGAAAACUUUGACAAGGUACUGGAUCAGCUGUGGGUGGAAUGAUUGGAAAAAAUACCGAAUUAUUGUCAGUAGUUGUGAUGAAGAGUCAGGCUCACCACCUGGUUUAGAAAAAUAUUUAAAGGGUACAUUCAAACAAAAUCACAAAAACAGCA